GCCCAGGACCUGCCGAGCGCAGGGUAGGGCGCUGAGCGCGGGUACUGCGCGGUCGCUCCGGCUCCGGCUGCUCCGCGGGGCUCGGCGCGCGGAUUCCGCCCAGCAUGGCGGUGGAGGAAGAGGGGCUCCGGGUCUUCCAGAGCGUGAAGAUCAAGAUCGGUGAAGCCAAAAAUCUUCCCACUUACCCGGGGCCAAACAAGAUGCGAGAUUGCUAUUGCACCGUGAACCUGGACCAAGAGGAGGUUUUCAGGACCAAAAUUGUGGAGAAAUCACUCUGCCCCUUCUACGGAGAAGACUUCUACUGUGAAAUUCCUCGGAGCUUUCGCCACCUGUCGUUUUACAUUUUUGAUAGAGACGUUUUCCGGAGGGAUUCAAUCAUUGGGAAGGUGGCCAUUCAGAAGGAGGACUUACAGAAGUACCAUAACAGGGACACGUGGUUCCAGCUGCAGCAUGUCGACGCCGACUCAGAAGUACAGGGCAAGGUCCACCUGGAGCUGAGGCUGAGUGAAGUCAUCACUGACACGGGUGUCGUCUGCCAUAAGCUGGCCACGCGUAUCCUCGAGUGCCAAGGCCUCCCUAUCGUGAAUGGGCAGUGUGAUCCUUACGCCACUGUGACACUAGCAGGACCAUACAGAUCGGAAGCAAAGAAGACGAAAGUGAAAAAGAAGACCAACAACCCUCAGUUUGACGAAGUGUUUUAUUUUGAGGUGACCAGACCCUGCAGCUACAGCCGAAAGUCCCAUUUUGACUUUGAGGAGGAGGACGUGGACAAACUUGAAAUCCGAGUUGACCUCUGGAACGCCAGUAACUUGAAAUUUGGAGACGAGUUUCUGGGAGAACUCAGGAUUCCCCUGAAAGUGCUGCGGCAGUCCAGCUCCUACGAAGCGUGGUACUUCCUGCAGCCCCGAGACAACGGCAGUAAGAGCCUGAAGCCAGGGGAUCUAGGGUCCCUGCGGUUGAACGUGGUUUACACAGAAGACCAUGUCUUCUCUUCUGACUACUAUAGCCCCCUGCGGGACCUUCUGCUGAAGUCUGCGGACGUGGAGCCCGUCUCGGCAUCCGCAGCCCACAUCCUGGGCGAGGUCUGCAGAGAAAAGCAGGAGGCGGCCAUCCCACUGGUCCGGCUCUUCCUGCACUACGGCCGGGUGGUGCCCUUCAUCAGUGCCAUUGCCAACGCUGAGGUCCGGAGGACGCAGGACCCCAACACCAUUUUCCGAGGAAACUCGUUGACAUCCAAGUGCAUUGACGAGACGAUGAAGCUGGCGGGAAUGCACUACCUGCACGUCACCCUGAAGCCCACCAUCGAGGAGAUAUGCCAGAGCCACAAGUCCUGUGAAAUUGACCCUGUGAAAUUAAAAGACGGUGAAAACCUUGAAAACAACAUGGAGAACCUGCGGCAAUACGUUGACCGCAUCUUCAAUGUCAUCACCAAGUCGGGGGUGAGCUGUCCAACUGUCAUGUGUGACAUUUUUUUCUCUCUCCGAGAGGCAGCUGCCAAGCGCUUCCAAGAUGACCUGGAUGUGAGGUACACGGCUGUGAGUAGCUUCAUUUUCUUGAGAUUCUUCGCUCCUGCCAUCCUGUCUCCCAACCUCUUCCAGCUCACGCCUCACCACACGGACCCACAGACUUCUAGGACGCUGACACUUAUCUCAAAGACUAUUCAAACUCUUGGCAGCUUAUCCAAGUCAAAGUCUGCCAGUUUUAAAGAAUCCUACAUGGCUGCAUUUUACGAAUUCUUCAAUGAGCAGAAAUAUGCUGAUGCAGUAAAAAAUUUCUUAGAUUUGAUCUCAUCCUCUGGGAGAAGAGACCCCAAGAGCGUGGAGCAGCCCAUCCUGCUUAAGGAAGGGUUCAUGAUUAAGAGGGCACAAGGACGAAAGCGCUUUGGAAUGAAGAAUUUUAAGAAAAGAUGGUUCCGCCUGACAAACCAUGAAUUUACCUACCAGAAAAGCAAAGGAGACCAGCCUCUCUACAGCAUUCCCAUUGAGAACAUUCUGGCAGUGGAGAAACUGGAGGAGGAAUCCUUCAAGAUGAAGAACAUGUUCCAGGUCAUCCAGCCUGAGCGAGCGCUGUACAUCCAGGCCAACAACUGUGUGGAGGCCAAGGCCUGGAUCGACAUCCUCACCAAAGUGAGCCAGUGCAACAAGAAGCGCCUCACCGUCUACCACCCCUCCGCCUACCUCAACGGCCACUGGCUGUGCUGUAGGGCCACCUCGGACACGGCCCCUGGCUGCACCCCCUGCACUGGCGGCCUCCCAGCAAACAUCCAGCUGGACAUCGACGGGGACCGAGAGACGGAGCGCAUCUACUCCCUGUUCAACUUGUACAUGAGCAAACUGGAGAAGAUGCAAGAGGCCUGUGGGAGCAGAUCUGUGUACGAUGGCCCCGAGCAGGAAGAGUAUUCGACGUUCAUCAUCGAUGACCCCCAGGAGACCUACAAGACACUGAAGCAGGUCAUCGCUGGGGUUGGGGCCUUGGAGCAGGAGCAUGCCCAGUACAAAAGGGACAAGUUCAAGAAGACCAAGUAUGGGAGCCAAGAACACCCCAUUGGAGAUAAGAGUUUUCAAAGCUACAUCAGGCAGCAGUCGGAGGUCUCCACCCAUUCCAUUUAGAGCCUGCAGUACGUCCCAUCCUAGGAUGGCGCCCUGAGCUGCACCAGGAAAGCCACAGUCUUUGGGAAAGAGAAGGGAGAGAAAGAAGGCAGAGCGAGCAAGCAACGGGAUUCACUUUAUCCGCUCGCUUAGAUGACAAGCAUCAAGCUCAUGGAACUUCCGAGACUCUCUAGGAGCCGUUUUCGUGGUUGCCAUGCACUUUAGUCACGCUGAUGGGCAGGUGCUCUGUCUGAGCUGGCCUUUCUGGACCGAGGCGCUGGCGGGGCCUUGUCCUUUGCAGAGCGUGCGCUUCUGUCUCGUGUGCACUACUGCCUCUGCUGGUCUCUUCGAUGUCUGCACCGUGGAGCCGUCUGGCACUCUUAACAUUCUGCUUCAGCACAGCUGGGACAUUAUGAGCAUUACGCUUUUCCUACAAGCCUGCUGUCCCAGUGGCCAUGGGCAGGUGACCUCUUGGUUUCAGCUUUUGAUGUUGGUGUUGUUCAUGGCUGGAGGGUCAGUUUUGUGGCCAGGAUGUGCAGAACUGCACGGAGAUCUCAAUUUGAGGAUGCUCUUGAUACUUUGGGAGUACGAGGUCUUUCUGCAGAGAAUUCCUAUUGGGGAGUGGUGUUCCAGAUUCCCCUCCCAGAGGUUAGAGUCCCAGCCUUGCUGACUGCUGAGACUCGCCCGCAGUCUGCAGAAGUCCCUGGAGCUGGUGACAGGCCGAGCUGGGCGUCCGCCCAGCCCCCACUUUAAGCACACAUUGUGUUGUUUUGCUGCCAGUGGGGUGUAAAAGUAGAGUCCACAUUUGCCACCCCUUGUGGAAGUUUGGAGAAGAUUUUAAAAAUAGAAACGUGUAUUAUUUUCAAGCUGUUUUUCUUAACGUUUUUAAUUAGCUCUUUGAUAUAAAGUAACUCAGAACAUUCAAACUUGGACUUAUUAAAGGGAAGGGUGCCACAGUAGGACAAAAAAGGGAAUGGGUUGCAUUGCAUGGAAGCCAGUUACAGGUCCUCCAAAGAUGACAAAGGAAGGGAAGAAGUCCUGAGCUCGAAAUGGGAGGUGCUCAGCUGUGCAGACGCCUCCUGGGCCCCAGGAGCAGUAUUGCAUGUGCUGUGUUUCUGUGAAGCCCUUAGAAGCUAUCAGGGCAGUGGCUGGGCUAUUUUCUGUUGGGGUGGGGGGAGGGGGCGGGGAGGCUAACUCAGGAGGAGCUGUUUGCUGAGUUUUCCCACAGUCCUCACAGCUACGGGCACUGGCUUUGGAAAGCACUGUUGAAACACGCAGGACCAUGUGCCCUUGUGCCCAUCUCUGUUCUUGUUUGCAAGUGUUGUCCUUCAGACUCAUUAAUCUAGAUGGCAGAUAGUAGCAUUACUUGUCACAAAAAGGGUGGAGAAAAAUGUUGCAGAAAAUAAACUUUGGGACACACAGCUAUUAGGCUGCACCGGACUGCAAUUUUUAACAUGGAUUUGUAACUUAAUGUUUCUGUUUAUAAGAUACUAAUGAUUUGUGAUGUAUUUUACUGGCCAAUUAAAACAGACAUUUUAUUCUUU